CCUCGUCCACAGUUCAGUGCCUGCUGAAGGAAUCGCAGCUUUUCAGGGCCGUAUUUUCAGGCCGUGCUUCCCUGAGUUGAGGCAAGAAGCCUUGUUGUGGAAGACAGGCGAGAACAACUCUUCCUAUCCCGCUGCGUAAGGCUGGAUCAGCUCGUGACCUGUUCAAACCUGUGGUGUUUGCUAUUCCUGUGCUGAGUUUCUCCCCAGUUAAUCACGUCAUCUUUGCUCUGUCACUUUAGCUUCCUGUGCAAAUUUUUCUCUGCCCCGUUUAAUGCUGUUUGUUGGCAUUUAAGGUUUCUAUUUCUCUGUUUCAAAAUCCUUGUCUAAGCCCAGCUGGGUGUAUGCGUUUAUCUUGAGUGAUCUGCUUUAAUUGAGGAGCAAUAUCAGGUUGUAUAUAAUAGUGUGUAUAUAUACAUAUUUAUAUAAUGUAGUGAGAUUUAAGGUUUGUUUAUAAAACUUGUUAUGUCUUGAUUUUAGUGUGCAGUAGAAGCCUGCCAAAAGGUUUCACAGCAAAAAAACCCCUGAAUUUUCAAAUUAAUUGUUUUGCUGUUUCUCAAGGAGGUGGAACCUUGAUACAGAGAAGCUCCUAAACAAGAAUGCAAACUUGAUAAUACCCAAUAGUAUCAUCAUAUAUCCCAUUUAUUUUCUUGUCCGUUUUGGCAGUAUUGGGUAAUUUCAACUUGAAAAUACGUUUCAAAUGUUAAAAAGAACUUCUGACACUAAUUUGUCCCUGAAUUUUAAUUGCAGCGACUUGUCAAGUCUUUCUAAAACAAAUGAACAGUUGGCUGAUUCUUGGGCAAUUAAUUAUCUUAAUUGAGGGUCAGAUAUUUAAUUUUGUUGUAGUGGUCACCUAGCACUUAAACUGACUAUUCCCUCUACAGGUUUACUAUUUUGGAAUUAAAAUAAUGAUAGCUUGGAAUUAUGUCCUGGGAAGGGGAAACACACCACACAUUAUAAAAUUAAGGGUUUCUUGUUAUGUUAGACCACUAAGGCACAACAACUGCAGUGUUAGCAAUUCUGUCUGGGUAAAUGUUUGCCACUGAAAUAACCACACACCAGUAUUUUUCAAGCCUGUAGUGGUUGCCAUCUGUAUCGUAUUUAUUUUCCAUAUUACUGAAUUCCUGGAUGAGAGUGUUGCAAGUGUCUGCUCUCCAGUGUGUGUAUUUAGGUUUUUUUAGAGAAGUGGAUAGUGUGAUCCUUAGAUGGAAGUGUUUUCAAAACACCUCUGUAUCAAUAUACCUGCCUUGCUUGUUCCUUUAUUCCUCUUCCCUGUGGGAUUGUAUCAGAAUAAAUCCCUAGAUCUUAGUAAAAUCAUUCCAGUUGCAGUGGAAGUGUUGUACUUUUUUUUUUUUUUUUUUAGCAAUCAUAGCACAAUAUAACAUAAUGUUAUGACUCCAUAUACUUGAGUCUAAAGAUUGCAUUUAAGUCCAGCCUAAUGUAGCUUAACACAUUACUGGAGUGUCCUAAAUUCUUUUUUUUCCUAGAGAAUUUGAGUUUCCAUGUGUUAAAACACUUGAAUCCAGACAUGAUUAUUGGGUGUUUAUCCAAGGUUUUGUGGUUUAAUCUCAGUCUUGGUGAAAACUUAUCAGCUGCUGAGCUUGCAAAAAUUGUUUGUGGAGGUUUAAAACCAAAUGUGAACAUUUUCGUCUUCAAGUACUUUCAUGAGAGCCUUGUGCUUGUCAAAACCAAAACUUCUAAAGAGUGUAAGAGUCAUAACUUAGUCAGGAGCUUUGUGUGCAGAGUAGGGAUAGCCGGGAGCAUGCCAGGGACUGGUUUUGCCUUUGCACAGGUUCUGGCUGCAGGUAAGAUGAUAAACACAAGCCUGUGUCUCCUUCAGACUGCUCAGGUUUGUAUUACCAAGGUACUUGUCAGGAGCUUUUGGCUGCUGUGCAGUGUUGAGGCUCAGCUUGUGACUCAGGGAGGUCUGCAGGGUUGGGUGGUCUCCUAAAGCCACCUGAUGAUUAUGGAAUGUUGGAAAAGCCAGCACACAUUUUAGCUCAGUAAUUUAAAAUCAUCUCAGAGAGCACUCUGGGUUUUGAUGUAUGUGCACAUAGUCCUGUUAGAAUGCUGGAGCUUCCCUGCCUUGGGACAGCAUCAGAAAAGGAAUUCUCAUGGUACAGGUGCCUAUUUAAAUUCAAAUAAAUUUACCUUCAUUUUAUUUCCCACUUCUGUGUUUGUUGGGCACCGGAUAUCAACAAGAGCAGGAGCGCACGGAUCGGAAUUCCUCUGUGGCUUGUGGUUGCAGUGAUUCUCUGGUUGUUGCUCUUUCACUGUUAGCAGUGCCUGCAUUAGCAGCAGUUGUGUGGAGACAGCAAGAUUCAGCAGUGAAUUUAAAGAUGGGUUUUUCUUUUUUAGCUGAAAAUCAGUGAGUGUUGAGUGUGGCUUAGUGUUUUCAUUAACCACAGCUUGUGUUUCUUCAGGAAUCAAAACUCUGCUUGUCCUUGGGUAUCAGUCCUGUUCUAGUGCUAUGUCUCAGGGUCAGCACUGGUUACUUGUGUGCAGCUUUUCUUCUUCUUUGGAGUUGAGUGGGCCUUCUGCUGCUGACUCAGCAGCAUUUCUGGGCUAAAAGAGCAUUAUUUCAUGAGCCUGCAGUGCUGGAAACUCGCUGCACCUCAUAUACACCAAGUUUUCUCUUCUGUGCUAUCUGAAUUUGAUGGCUAAGGCAGUGUUAUCUUAAUUUUAUUUUCCACUUAUAUGUGAAAAGUGUUGUUUUAGUAAGUGCAGAUGAUAAAAGGCAAAGCCCAGCAUUUUGGCAGUUGUUACCACAUUUUAUUUUCAGAGCUCCAUCUUGGUUCCACAUGCUCUCAGUAUUCUGGAAUUGCUAAGCUCUGCCCUGAUUUCCUGACUUCUUUCUGACUUAUCAGGAGUUGUUAGUGUUUCUCUUCUUUAUCUCAACAGUUGGUUCAGCUGAAGUGUUUUUCCUCUCUGGUUUGUUGGUUUUUUUUUAUUCUGUGGAACUUUCUGCCAGUGUUCUGCAAAAGUAUUCAUUUGCUUUCUAUUGUUUGAAAUGUAUGUUCAGAGUGACAUCUUGUUUGAGGGCCUUUGCUUUGAAACACACUGGGGUACUGAAAAAGCUGAAUUGAUGUUUAAUACUCCUUGUUUGAGUGGCAUUUAAAUUUUACAGCACUUUUCACGGAACACUUGCAUAGACCACAAAACUUUCUUCCAGCUUUCCAUGGGUGGUGCAUGUUUCAUGAUAAUUUUUGAGUUAAAGAGGAUAUAGAGAGGUCUUGAUUUUUAAAACUUGUGGUAGUUUUAUUAAAAAUCUAAUAAGAACCUAAAUCUGCUGUUCAUCCCAGUGGAAAUGAAAAGCCAGAAUAGCAGGGAAAAAAAAAAAACAACCCGGAAUUCAUAAUGCUACUUUGAAAACUAGAAAAGUUUGUUCCUUUUUACUGAGAUGGAGAUGAGCGUUUUGGACCUGUGGUAUCAAAGCCUUCGAUGUGAUCACAAAAGGAAACUUGUGCACCUGCACAAAAAGAGAAAGCCAAACAAACUUGACAUAAUGAAGCUCCAUGUAUAAUGCAAAUAGAUGACUUUCAUUUCACUGUCUUAGGGUGCCUUUUUCAUUUAAUGAUGGGAUUUACUGACAGUUUUUGCUUCUGCUUUUGAGCUUGCAGACUUGAGUGAUGAAAUAUUUAAGAUGAAAAUGUAGUUUCUGUUAAAACUAGUUGGAAAUAAGGCAUGAGUAUUGAGAAAGUGGAUACUGACUGGCAUGGAAACUAUUUUUUAACUUUGAAUUCUUCUAGGAAAAUGAGGUGGGGUGUGUUGGAUGAGUGCUGUGUGUGAAGUGGGUUCUGUUUGUGCUUGAAGGAGCCGGGGUAGGAGGACUGCCUGUUCUAGCUGCUGUUCCUGUGUCAUUUGAGCCAUGGAAUUGCAGCGAGGGCUGGCCGGGGCCGUGCUGCCAUGGCACGUCAGAGCUGCUGAAGUCACAGUUCGUGGAAAGCUCCUGGACACGCAGCUGUGCCCUGCUUCUCUCCAGCUCAGGUGGCUUUGAGGCAUGUUCACUGCAAGCGGGCAGGGAAAAUAGCCUCUAAGGACCCAGAGCAAAGCAGUCAGUGCUCCUGGCUGCCAUCCUGAGUCACUCCUUUAGUCCAAGGGGUUGAUCAGCAGGUAAGCAAGGUGUGCUACCGGUUGGAGUAGCUAAUUAAGGUGAGGGCAUGAAUCAUAAAUGAGAAGUUUGCCUUCUGCUGAGGACAUCUCUGGAACACCCACAGUGCCAUCCUCUUUUUUUGUUUAUCCAGAGGUAUUAACUGUGUUGCUGGGACGUGAGGUAGCUCAGGUAACAUUCCUGCUACACAGGGCACGAGACAUUCUCAGGUGAGGUUGAAAUACUGGUAACACCAACAUGAGGCAGUUCUAGAGGAACUUCUUGCACACCUGACUCAUGAGCAGCUGAGUUGUUUCUUCAGUUUAAUUAAAUUCCAUGCCUUGUCCUGUUAAAUUUUGAGGCUUGCCCCAUAAAUCUCAUGAAGAUUUUAAUUUUAAGGUAUUGCUUUUUCAUUUAACCCUGCCAAUGAGCGAUUUCAGGGUUUGUCUGAUUUUCUAAGUUCUGCCUAGUUGAUUUAAUGAGAGUUCUGAUGUUUUAUGGGAUUUCUUUUAAAUCUAAAAAAACCCAGAAGUGCAGGCUAAAGUAGUAUCUUGAUGUUCAAUACGGGAUAACUAAUGUCAGGUGAUAUUACACAUUAUUGAAGGAGGAAGAACUAGAAAUUUAUUACUGUGCAUUAUUGUCCAUUAGUACUUUUUCUGGGAAGAAUCCUGUAGUCCACAAGUGUAUGCAAUAUGGAGAUAGAUUGUGCUGCUGUUGAAGGUAAAUGGGUGACACACACACGUUAUCCCUGCUUGUUGUCCCACUGGAUUUGAGGCAGUAGCACAUUCCUGACUGGAUUUAGUUUGCACACAACGUGGCAUGAAAGAAAACAAAAUAUUUCUUAUGCUGUAAGAAUGAUAACUUUGCAUUAUUGAGGGAAUAUCCAGUACUCUUAACUUGUCCCUAUCAAAAAAAACCCAUAGUAUUGCUUCCUCUCGAAUAAAAGAAUGUAACAAACAAUAGCUUUUGUGAGCUUACUGCAGUCUGGAGCAGCAGUGGGGAGACAGGCAGUCAUUUGUGCUCAGAAAUCUCUGAGCUUGUUGAAGCGUGACUGCAGGGAAGAUACUUUUCUGAUUUGUGGCAAGAUAGGAACACCAAUUAAGAAUUCACUGUAGUUACUCUGUCUGGAUACUCGGCUGCUGAAGAUUAUUUUUUUUUUUUUAAGGAGAAAGUUGUUUAUCCUAUCUCUGAUUCUCUUUCUUUGUGCAGUCUUUAGGUGGUCACCCCCCACUUCCCCAUAAAGACAUUUUCAUAUCUGGGUGUCUCAGCUGAAGUUGGCAAUAAUCAGCAGAUCUGAACUUCCUGCUCAUAGUUGUGACCUUCCCCACCCUGUGUCAACUCAGUGCUGACAAGGAAGGAUACUAAAGGAGGAAAUUCUGAAUCUUUUAGCUUGGAUAAGAACAAGGUCUUACACUGGAAGAAAGAAGAGCAGAGUUGAACCGUACCUGCUUAUUAGAUAACCAAAUGUUGGUUAUUUUGUUGUAAGCUAAUAGUACACCUGUUGGUUUUCCCUCAUCAGGCUUCCCUGUAUUACUGGCUUCCUCCAGCCAGUCUGAAUUGUCUGCAGGGUGUGAGCUGAGAGCAGCAUCCUGAGGGGCAGAUUUUCAAGUUGUUUCUGCCUCUCUGCACCAGGCCAUGGUAACUCCCACCAUGGAAAUCCUGCUGUCCAGCCACAUGGGCUCUCUGGAGCCAUGCUGAGGCAGGAACAGUCCAAACGUUCCAGUAAGUUCAGUCUGGCCAUGGAGGGCUCUGCAGCAGGCUGGGAGGUGAGGUUUAGGUUGGACAAUGAGCUGAGUGCACAGGGAAGCAGCAGAAACCUUGGGGUAGAAAUCCUGGUUUUAAUGUCAGAGCUCUGCUUUGAGGAGUAUCAUCCCAUUUGCUGUCAGCAGUCAGGUAGGGAGAAUGUGGUGUUGCUGUGUUUCUGUGCCAUCUGUAUUUCCAUCAGUGUAAAUAUUCCAUAGGGAUUCACAGCAUUUCUGGGAUCAUGAAGUCGGGAUAUAGGUGACUGGUGUAACCUGUGAGUGGCUUGCAAUAGGAAAAUACAGCAGUUUGUCACUAGCAGAAAUAGUCCUCGUGUAAAUUAAAUUCUUCAUUCAAGAUCCCACCUCUGAGGCUUUUUUCUUAGCAGUAAAUUCUACUCAGCCUUGACCAUUUGCUGGUUUUAUGAUUUAAGAGGGAAGAGAAGAGGUGGUGGAGGGGAAAAGAGGAGCAAACCUGGAAAUAAGUAGCACUGACUUAUUCCAAGCAUUUCCUAAAGAAUCGCCUAUUGAACUGUACAUCAGCCUGUUGGUAAAGAAGAGAUUUUUAAAUUCCACCCCUCCCUCUUUGAGUUGUUUUGACUCUGCCUUUUUUCAUGAUCAAGAAUGGUGCCCUUUCAUUUUCUGAAAUGGAAUAGGCAAAUAUCUGUGAAAUCACAUAGGUAUUAGAUAGCCAAGGUACCUGCAAGCACUGCAAUUUUCACUUAAAAGGAAAGUAGUAAACAAAUGUUAUGUUUUGUAUAUGUAGUGCAUCCUUCUUUUUUAAAAGUUAUGGAAUAAUUAGUCUGAUGCUUACAAAGGUGUUUAUAUUGUUAAUAUCUUUCUGAAAACAUUCCACGUGUUUCCAAGUUUGAUGUGUAUUCCCCCAGAACUGAUGCAUCUUUCAGGGUUUUAUUUUGGAUGCAAGUCUCUCGUUCUACUCGAGAGUUUUAUUCAGAUAUUACCAGAACCAGUGAGAGCUGCUUUUAAAAGUAUCUUGUCUUUAAGUAACGCUGCUUGGAGUAACAAUUCUGCUACAGAAAGCUUGUAAAAAAGUUGAUUGAAGCUGUGUUCUCCUUAGAAAUACGUGCCUGGCAUGUGAAGGGCAUGGAGAUUUCCUAAGUGAGCCGGGUCAGAGCUGAACACACCUGCAGGAACUAUUGCUCAACUGUCCCGUGAAUGGGGUCAUUUAUCGGUGUUUAACAGCUCGUCACAGAGCACAACACGUCACAUGCCAGUCUGCAGUCCUUAGAUUGCACCAGGAAUUUAGAAAUGCAGAGGAAGCUGAUAGGCUCCCAUCUGACUUGGGAGUGACCCUGGUAAUUGCUGCUGCUUCCUGAUUCCUGAAAAAACGGAGUAAUUGCUUUGGUAAAAUGACAGAACUUCACAGAACCAAACAGCAUCGGUAGCCCAGAGUGGCAAUAAGUUAAUAUCACAAACCUAAAAUCAAGUUCUGCUGCAUCGGAACUGAAGACAAAGGGUCAGGACAGCAGUUUCAUAAUUUGCAAGUCUGCAGUAAUUGGGAUGUCCUAUCCUGUGGAAUUUUUCUGGUGCUGCACACCGAGGUCGUCAGUGCACUUUAAUUUUCACCAUAGCAGCUGAAAUAAAGUGCCCGUGGAGAUCAUGCAGUGCUGCUCUUCUGGAGAAGCACUAAUGUAAACUGUGGGCAGUCUUGACUUGACAGCUGUGCUGACAAACCAAAAAAAGAUGCUUUUUGCACUAGACAGAUGUCUGUGUGUUGGAAAUUUUCCAGUGAGAAGCAGAAAAGCUUUAUUCUUCCAGUAUUUCCAUGUCACAUGAAGUAUGGUUUAAAUGAAAGGAAUGUUUUCUGAUGGGGAAUGUUAUUGCAGAGCUUUUUAGCAUGCAGAGGAUUAGCUUCUUAAUCACCUCUCUGAGUAACUAGAUUCUACCAGUUGUACAGGAAAAGUCUUGGUGCUCUGAGUAGUGAGGCAGAGUGAUCAAGGAAAGUGGUUAUUUUAUCUUCAUUUGAUGCAUUUGCAUGGCACAGCCAGUGCCAGAAUGUCUCCUGCAUUUGCAUGUGUUCCUUAUAAUAUAUAUCAGAUACAGACACAGCAUCCAUCGAUUAUUUUCCUUGAAAGAGAGAUGUUGUCAAGUAUUUCAUCCAAAUGAAGAACAAUAUGAGAAGGUUAUAUUUAAAAUAUGCAGCCUAGAAGACAGCUCUUGAAAGCAGUGGUGUACACCUGAUAUGUGCUGGAGUUUUGUCUUGGAAAUUUGCUCAUCAACAUCAGUAGUUCAGUAAAAGCUGCAACUUGAAAAUAAAUUCCUCUCUUGAUGUAAAACUAUAAAGUUGAUUUUACAAACUCUUUUUGUUUUUUGAGGGAAUGAGAGCCUUUCCCUUUUUUUUUUUUGUGCACAAGGUUCCACAUCAUCUUCUUUAUUUGAGUUCUUCAUAACCACUACAUUCUGUUAAAAUUCACUUGUAUGGUGAAGAGGGUGUUUCUGUAGCAGGCAGGAAAAUGCAAGGAGCAAAUAAUCCUGUGCUCAGAGAGCAUGAUCAGGAAUGGCUUAUGCCUUGUCCUCCACUUCUGUAAGGCUGCUUGGAGAGGCAGUUGUGAUAUUAGCAAUAUUUUAUGGCAAAAGCAGAUAAUCAAGGUCACCUACUUUGUGAAUGCAAAGAUGAGCUUAGACUUGUGGCAGAUGGUAUUCUGUGUUCAACUUGCUGCUUUGUUGAGUAUUUGGUAAUGAUGGGCAUCAGUUUUGUUUGUACUUCUUGAGGAGGUUCAUGCUUUGUUUUAGUUCCCUCUGGUGAUGAACCUGAUCCUAACUAAAGCUUCAUCAGCAAACUGCUUUAACCUGUACUUCACUCUCCAUUGCAAACAUGCCUAAAUUCCAUGCUGUAUUUCACAUUUGAUAAAGGGUUGGUUCUGUCCUUUUUUUAGGUACUCUUCUAGUCAUCAAGAUGGAAAGCUCAGAUUCUAGUGAUAAAGGGAGUAUUGAUCAAUCAGAAGCCCAACGUCAGAGCCAGCUGGAUCGGUUAGAUCGAGAAGAGGCUUUCUAUCAGUUUGUGAACAACCUGAGUGAAGAGGACUACAGGCUUAUGAGAGAUAACAAUUUGCUAGGAACACCAGGUGAAAUUACUGAAGAAGAGUUGCUGAGAAGGCUACACCAAGUUAAAGAAGGUCCGCCACAGCAAAACAGUGAUGAGAAUAGAGGUGCAGAGUCCGCAGAAGAUGUUUCAAAUGGAGAUUCUAUAAUAGACUGGCUUAAUUCAGUCCGACAGACUGGAAAUACAACGCGAAGCGGGCAGCGAGGAAACCAGUCCUGGAGAGCAGUGAGCCGGACUAACCCAAAUAGUGGCGACUUCAGAUUCAGUUUGGAAAUAAAUGUCAACCGUAAUAAUGGGAACACGAAUCCAGAAACUGAGAAUGAGCCAUCUGUAGAGCCUUCCAAUGGGGAGGAUUUGGAAAACAGCCAAAGUGACUCUGAAAUUCCAAGGUCUGAAUCACCGUCUGUAAGGCAGCCUGGAUCAGAAAGGAGCGGUGCGGAGGAGCUGACGGCUGAGGAGGCUUCCCCUCCUAGAGGGCAGAGGAGAGCCAGGAGUAGGAGUCCAGAGCAGCGGCGGACGCGGGCUAGGACUGAUAGAAGUAGGUCACCUAUUAAUGCAGUGAGCGAGGCCCCUCGCAGGUCUCAUCACAACACAUCAUCUCAAACACUUGACCACUCCUCAGCGGGCGAGGCUGAGGGCAGCUCUAGAACCAGGCAGCACGUGACGUUAAGGCAGCACACAGUGGGGACUGAGGUGCCAAGUGAAAACGCAGUUCUGUUUUCCCCCCCUGAAACGAGGCCUGCUCCUCAAGCAGCGGGUUCUUCAGAAACCACCGGCGCCAGCGAGUCCACGGCUCCUGGGCAGAGGCCUCCCACCAUAGUGCUGGACCUGCAGGUGAGAAGAGUUCGCCCGGGCGAGUACCGGCAGAGGGACAGCAUAGCCAACAGGACCCGCUCCCGGUCCCAGACCCCCAACAACACGGUCACCUACGAGAGCGAGCGCGGAGGCUUCCGGCGCACCUUCUCCCGCUCGGAGCGCGCCGGCGUGAGAACUUACGUCAGCACCAUUAGGAUUCCCAUCCGUAGGAUCUUAAACACGGGCCUGAGCGAGACCACGUCGGUCGCCAUCCAGACCAUGCUGAGGCAGAUCAUGACGGGCUUCGGGGAGCUCAGCUACUUCAUGUACAGCGAUAGCGAUGCGGAUCCCAGCGGGCCGGCUCCCAGUCAGAACGUGGAGGCUGCCGAGCCGCAGAGCGGAGGCGGGGGCGCCUCGGGCAGUGAGAAUGCAGAUGUUAGCUCAGGGGAGGUGUACGAGGGCGGGCACGAGGCUAGCUCAACAUCUGGUGCCAGGCGGGAAGGCCGGAAUAUGAGGGGCUCGGUCACUUUUGAAGAAAGCGGUUCUCUACCAUUCCUUAGCCUUGCACAAUUUUUCCUACUCAACGAAGACGACGACGACCAACCGCGAGGACUCACCAAAGAGCAGAUUGACAACCUAGCCAUGAGGAAUUUUGGUGAGAGCGACGCUCUGAAAACCUGCAGCGUGUGCAUCACGGAGUACACGGAGGGCAACAAGCUGCGCAAGCUGCCGUGCUCGCACGAGUACCACGUGCACUGCAUCGACCGCUGGCUGUCGGAGAACUCCACCUGCCCCAUCUGCCGCAGAGCAGUCUUAGCUUCUGGCAACAGGGAGAGCGUUGUCUGAAGGAGAGCUCAGUCCGUGGCCAGGCAGCUGGUGUGAUAGUGAUGGGCAAAGAAGUCACUUCCUUUAUGGCCACUUUUUGAGUGGUACCUCAAUGUAUAGUAAUGACUCGGAGCGAAUCUUCCCUCGUCGAAGCAUUUUCUCUGGAUCCAAGCUUUGGGAAUUGGAAAAUUUCUUUAAUUAGGCUUUUCGAGUUCUAGUCGGUUUGGGUGUUCAAUUUCACUUGUCCAAAGACAUCUCCCCACUUCAAAAUAUUUUUUUUCUCUGUGAAGAGUAUUAAGUUCUUUCUCCUGCCCAUCCCUUGCCAUCCCAGCCCAAUAAACAGUUUGUCCUCAAGAUUGUGCUUCUGAGGAGUUCUUUGAGAAGUUAUCCCAGCUCAGUGUCCAUGAGUCAUAGAGGAAUUUUUUGCAAGAAAUCCAACUCUCUGAAAAAAAUAAUAUUAAUUUAAUUGCACAUUUGAACAUACUUUUAAUUUUUCUCCUGGCUUAAUAUUGGACAUGUCUGUGUAAAUAACACUAAUGUUAGCCCUUUCCCCAUCACUAUGGCACGCUGUAGGAUGAGCUGUUAGCGUAAUUGGGAUAUUUAUCUUGUUGUGGAAAUAUAAGAAUUGCCUAUGCUUGUUUAAAUAAAGGAAAAACAAAAAACAAAUCUGUUUUAAAAUUGUAAAGCUUUUUUGUAGAAGCUCAGUACUUUUCCAAUGCACUGUUGUACUAACGCAUUAAGAAUUAAAAUUGUACCAUGCUUAGAAAUCAAGAAUGCUUUUCAUACAGACCCCACCACACAGAGAGCAAAGUGAACAUGAGAGAGCUGCUUUUGUGACUGUGUACCUGUCAAGAGCAGUGCAUAUCUGUACUAUUUAUGUGAACAGCUACUGUAACAUAAAAACAGUUGGAUUAGACAUUAAAUUGCAUUUAAAAAAAACGGAAAUUAAAUGUUAUAAUUGCAGUGUUUUGGCUCAGUAAUGCCACAAAAAAAAAAA